AUGGCUUCCCAGAGGAGAGGGCCGUGGUCGCAACAGGAGGAUGCCUACCUGAUGCAGCUUGUCAACGACCAGGGCCCCUUGAACUGGGUUCGGAUUGCUCAAGCUCUGGGAACGCGGACGCCAAAGCAGUGCAGGGAACGAUUCCACCAAAACCUAAAGCCUACACUAAACCACGAGCCCAUCACGCCCGAAGAAGGUGCCCAGAUAGAAAUCCUCGUUAACGAGAUUGGCAAGAGGUGGGCAGAGAUCGCAAGACGUCUGCAUGGUCGUAGUGACAAUGCUGUCAAGAACUGGUGGAACGGAAGCCAGAACCGCCGGAAGCGUCAUGAUCGCCGCAGAGCCACCCAGAGCAGCUCCAGCUUCGACGACCGACGAUACGGCCCAUCUGCUUACCAGCGCCCGGCUCUCACCAUCAACUCCCACGCUACCUCCCUCUCAUAUGCUAGGCAUGGCAUGUCUUCGCCCGUGUCCCCUGCCUUCUACACCCAUGGCCACAGCUACUACCAACUCGAGUCCCCUCUUCCAUCUCCAAACUCCACUUCAUCUCAUGGAAGUGAUGGUCUCGACGGUGAAGCAUCUACAGUUUCAGAUGCCGCCUCCAGCUACACUACAUCCCCUCAGUGUUUGUCGCGGGGCAACUCGCCGUCCAUCCAGCUGGCACCCCUCCGCAUGGACGACAACUCAGCCCCGCGCUCUCUGCCCUCCUUUGGCAGUCUCCUCCACGCACCGGGCGAUGGCAAGGAAGCCGGACCCAUGCGGUUGCCCUCCAUCACAUCGCACCUCUUAACUGCGCCCAACUCACCUGUGGGGAGCACUGUUCAACAGGUGCCUCCACCUAUCUCGCCCUCGGUCACGGACAAGGACUCGAGGAUGGAUGUCUCAGCAUUGCUUGGCUAA